AGGAAGAAUAUCAUGCAUUUCGCCAGUUGGGAUGGGGAGUGAGUAGUGGCGCUCCGGGAACUCAGCCAGAUAACACGAACUUCCUUUCAUUUUCUGAGACAUGGAUGCCGAUAUAAAUGAGGCACGGCACACUCCGAACCCACCGCUGUCCUGUCAAUACGUGGACGAGGCACUGGGCACUUCUUAAAACCCUCAUAACUUCGCGAGCAUCGUUGCGAAACGCGUCAGCAGAGAUGAAAGAGGUGAUCGGAAUAGCGAUGGUUCUCAUUAUCCUGACAGUUCACGGGGAGACCACAAACAAAGGACAUUGUGCGGAUGACAAAUGCUUCACUGUCCACACGGUCAAGGCGAGUUUCAGCACAGCGCGACAAGCUUGUGAAAAGAAAGGCGGACAUUUGAUGACCGUUCGCAAGGACACGACGAGCGAUAUACUGGCGGAUUUACUGGACGCCGUUCCCGGAGACUUCUGGCUCGGACUGAGAUACGCCGGUGAUCGGUGUUCCAACUCAACUCUUGGGUUGAAGGGAUACAGGUGGAUUACCGGAGACAACACAACUCAAUACAUCAACUGGAACAGCAACCAGAUGGCCUGUUCGCCACAAUGUGUCACCGUGUCAAGGAACGUUCUAAAAUGGAACGAAAGACAUUGUCGCGAGGAGAUCGACGGAUAUCUGUGCGAGUACAAGAAUGCCGACCACUGUGAUCCGUUGAGUUCGAGCCAACCGGUCUUGUACGAAACGCUUCUCGGCUUUAAGGCAGAUGGGAAACUCAAGGAGAUUCCUGAUGGAACCAAUGGAACCGUUCUGCCGUCCAGAACGCGGUUUAUCUGUUUAUCCAGAACAUGGAUCGCCGCACCGUGGAAUUGUGAGGUGUUUGGUGGUGGUUGUGAUUAUAAGUGCGUUCAGAACGAACAAAGCUACACGUGCACAUGCCCAGAUGGAUAUAAACUCUAUGACAACAAUGUCACGUGCACCAAACAGUUUGAGUCGUGUUUGUUUGCAUGCGAGCACAAGUGCGCAAGAGUCGGCGACACAUCUGUGUGCACCUGUCGCCAUGGCUUUGAGCUGGAUGCAGAUAUGAAGUCGUGCAAAGACAUUAACGAUUGCAUUGAUGGAAAUGUGUGUCAAGGUCAGAACGAGGAGUGUGUCAACACAAUAGGUAGCUUUGAGUGUCGAUGCAAGCUCGGGUUUGAGAGAGUGGGUGACCUUUGCUCUGAUAUUGACGAAUGUAGCAUGUCUGGAUCUGUGAAAUGUGAUCACGAGUGCGUCAACGAUGAAGGGGGCUAUCACUGUGAAUGCUACGAAGAAUUCAUACAAUCAAAAGAAGACAUGCAGAAGUGCAUUAUGAACUGUUCGGAGAAAUGCCCUCCCAUUUGUGACCCCAACAACAGCGCCCAGUGCGACUGUCCGGAUGGUUACGUCCUUGAAGAUGAAAAGGUUUGCGUUGAUAUAGAUGAAUGCGUCAAUGGCGACUGUGACCAAAGAUGCAUCAAUACACAUGGUGGAUUUGAAUGUUUUUGCAAUGAAGGGUACGAGCUUGUUGAAAAAGUGCACUGUGAGAGGAAAGACUUAAGCACUUCUACGACUUCUGAUAUUUUUACACCUACCAGCAGAUCCCCAACCGACCAGCCAGUGCCAAUGUCAGCUGGCAACCUGUUGGCAAUAAUGAUAUGCACUGUCGUGUCUGUUCUCGUACUGGUGUGUCUCACUCACUACAUCAUGAGACGUCGAAAUAAACUGCAUCAUUAUGUAUACAAGAGCCAAUAUGACAAGAGAGACUUUCAACAGGUGAUCAUUGAAAAAAGCUCAGAUAUUUCACACCGGACUUGACUCACACUGUACCAUGUGAUAGCAAAUUUUAGAUUUGUAGAAAUAUGUAUUAUGUUUUAUUUUUGAACGUAUCCUAUUUUGGAUGUAAACUUUAUUUAAUGACAACCAGAAAAAAACUGAAGCAUACAUUGCACACUUUUGAAGAAGCUUUCAAUGUCAGUGUUCCUGAAUGGUGAAGAGAAUAAAAGUAUUAUUUUAAUUAUUUUUU